AUGCACUCAAUCGACGUUCUUGUUGUCGGUGCGGGAUUGGGAGGCUUGGCGGCCGCACUGGCACUGAAGAUGGCCGGACACAGCGUGACGAUUGUCGACGCGGCUCCGGAAUUCUCCAAGGCUGGAGCCGGUAUCCACGUCUCCCCGAAUGCCAGUCGUCUGCUCCGUCGAUGGGGAGUAGAUAUAGGUGGGCUGCGAAACACCUGUGAUGGGUUUCGCUUUAUUCGGUACGCCGACGGCAAACCCAUCGCUUGGGUUCCAUUCGACAGUACAGCAGAUGCGGAUGGCGCGCGAUAUCACAUUGUGCACCGCGCCGAUCUCCACGGAGCACUCCUCGACGCUGCUAGGAAGGUCGGCUGCACCAUCCUGACAGGGAAGCGCGUAGUCGACUACGAUUUCAGCGUGCCCGAGGCCAGGACCGUUGAUGGUUCAACUUUUGGUGCGGACCUUAUUGUGGUUGCAGACGGCAUGAGGUCGAUUGCUCGUCCGCUGCUCACCAGCGCACCCGACGCACCCCGCGACAUAGGUGAUGUCGCCUACCGAAUCACCAUCCCGGCUGAUAAGCUCCAGACCGAUCCUGAGCUCUCGGCCCUUGUCCGCGACCCCUGCGUCACGUUCUGGUGUGGCCCAGGGGCUCACAUGGUCGGGCACCCUGUUCGAGAUGGUAUCGAGUACAACAUCAUGAUCUGUGCUAGGUCGCGCGACAGCGCCCCCGGUUUGUCCUGGGUGGUCGAGGGCGGGAACGGCGAGCUGCUCGACCGGUUCUCCAGAUGGGAGCCGCGCGUGCAGAAACUCUGCGGCAUGGCGGACAAAUUCCUCAAGUGGCGGCUCUGCGACGUGCCAGAUGUCCCCAUAUGGGUACACGGCUCCCGUAGAGCCUGUCUCCUUGGGGAUGCCUGCCACCCAAUGCUGCCUUACCUGGCGCAGGGGGCUGCCAUGGCGUUUGAGGAUGCCGCCGUGCUCAAGCAGUGCCUCGCCAGCGAGAAGGAUCUUGCCUCCGCUCUAUCGCUGUACGAGCAAACUCGAAUGCCUCGUGUGAACUACAUGCAGGAAGAGACACGGGAGCAUCAAUACGUCUGGCAUAUCGAGGACGGCUGGAGGCAGGCUCUCCGGGAUGGGCAGAUGGCAAAGAACGCGGCCGAGAACCCGGUCUUCUGGGGGGAUGAGCGGCGGCGUCACUGGCUAUUUGACCACGAUGCCGAGCUGGUGGGCAGGGAAGGCUCCACCUGGAAGGAGGGGGCGUGA